AAAACGAGUGCUUAGUUGUACGCUGAAUGCCUGAAUUCAAGUAAGCUAUACUGCUAUACCUGCAAUUGUUAGCGGUUCGUCGGGAUCGUUUUUUGCUUACAACGAGGGACACGACAGAACCUUUGGCUGGUAGAGGUACAAAGCUUCGCUUUAAAAAAAUAAAACAGGAGAUUAUAAGUGCGCGUCCGCUGUUCCACUACCACGUCGCAGUAAGUCUAUGAUAUUGUAGUAUUUCCGCUUCACUGUGCAGAAACGUAUGCUACCGGAGCGGAGGACGGCGUGAGUGAGCUGGUUCUGAACAACGUUGUCCCACGUGACCAGGGCUCGUACACCUGUGUGGCCGAGAACGGUGCCGGGCAGCAUAAGGCCACAGCAAACGUUGUGAUCGGAGUCAGUCCUGUGAUAGCGGAGGCCCCGUCGUACACCGAAGUGGCCGCAGGCGAUGAGCUGUGGCUACACUGUGCCGCCAAUGGAGAACCUGCACCAAAGAUGUUCUGGCUCAGGGACGGACAUCAGGUCGACAACGGAGGUGGUCGUAUUCAGCAUUGGCACAAUGGCUCUCUGCACGUCAAGCCGGUCGAGGCCGGCGACGCUGGGGAAUAUCAUUGCUUGGCGAGCAACAAGUUUGGCAUGGCCCAGGCCAACCUCACCCUGUCUGUCCUCACGCCACCUUCGUUCGACGAGCCACCCGCCGAUGUCGUUGCAAUUGAGAACGAAGCUGCGACGCUUAAGUGCGCCGCCAGUGGACUGCCAGCGCCCACGUAUGCCUGGUUCAGGGUAGGGCAGGACGCCGUCCAAACAAGCGCCUCGCCCAAUGGAACACUGCACAUUUUGCGGGCACAGGGCUCUGACGAAGGCCUCUACCGGUGCCAGGCGAGCAACGCGCUUGGCACGGCCACAGCUCAAGCUCGCCUCAUCCUUCAAGUGGACGGCAAAUGGUCUGAGUGGUCGGAGUGGGGCGAGUGCAACUGCAACGGCCUCCGGAACCGGACUCGACGCUGCGACUCCCCGCCACCGCGCAACGGCGGAGACGACUGCGUCGGAGAAGCGCUCGAGACACUGGCGUGCGAGAAGGCUACGUGUCUACCGGUGGAGGAGCCGGACGAGGCCCUGUGGGGCCCCUGGGGUCCGUGCAGUACGUCUUGCGGACCAGGACUCAAGGAAAGACUGUGCGUCUCUGCCGCUUCCGGCCAGCCCUGGCACGGACCGGCCAACUCGUCGUCAUCCUGCGAAGGGCGGAUGCGUGACGUGGUUGCCUGCUUCGAGAGUUCCUGUCCUGUGCAUGGCGGCUGGGGUCCCUGGUCUGAGUGGUCGUCCUGCUCGGCGUCCUGUGGCGGGGGCACCCGAACGCGAAGGCGCAGCUGUGACUCCCCCGCGCCCGCCUGGGGAGGUCGCCAGUGUCAGGGGGAGCCCGAGCAAGAAGACUUCUGCCACCCGGAAGCCUGUCCCGUGCACGGUGGCUGGUCCGAGUGGUCCCCAUGGGGCGAGUGUUCGGCCACUUGCGGUAGGCGGCGCCACCGUCGCCGGUUCCGCACUUGCGACAACCCGCGCCCUGCGGAUGGGGGACGUGGCUGCCUAGGUAGUGAUCACGAGACGCGCCGCUGCCCGUACAAACCGUGUCCGCAAGCAUCUGCUCGUACAUCCACUAACCGUCCUUGGACCAGCCCUUUGAUCGCCGGAAGAAUCCAAGAACUGCGCUCGGCCCCUUUAUCAGCCUUCGUCAAGGACUGGACCUGUCCCGAAGGCUACCUAGCAAUAGACGGCGUAUGCGUGGAUGAAGACGAAUGCACAAACUAUAAUCAAUGCCAACACGAAUGUAAUAACAGGCCAGGCAGUUACGAGUGCGUCUGCCCGGUCGGCUACAAACUAGAAGAGGACGGCUACACGUGCCACGAUGUGGACGAGUGCCGGGAAUCUCGACCGUACUGCGGCCUCGACCACGCCUGCUUCAACACGCGCGGAGCAUUCGAGUGCGUGCAUGUCCCUUGCCCGGCCGGCUACGAGCGGGACGCGCUGGAGAACUCCUGCAGGCUGCGCUGUUCCCGCCGAGAGGACUGCGGCAGUGACAGGACGGACGUGGUGACGUAUGCGUCGGUGGCGCUGCCGCGCGACGUCCUCUCUGGCGCCCCAGUGGCGCGACUGGUGGCCAGGGACCACGAUGGGGCCGCGCUGCGCCACACUGCCUUCUCGUCUCUCAGUGGUGACGCGCAGCCGUUCGACGUGAGCGCCGCCGACAGCGGAGUCGGCCUCGUAUUCGCCACUCGUGACCUGCAGCCUCGGACGAGCUAUCGCGUCACCCUGCACGCCGUUUCCCGAGACGAGGCCAACAGAACAGUGUUGUUCACCACGCGGUUCUUCCUUUAUGUCACGACGGGUGCCUACCCGUUCUGACCGGGCGUGGGACGCCCGGACGGAUUCACUCAUUCACUGCGAACUCCCGCAACAUAUUUGCCAUUGCUGUAUAAAUUACAUGUCAGCGUGGUUUGUGCGGCUCCACGCCACGGCAAAAAGAAGAGAUUCUCAAACGCGCCCAGCGUACACAACUGAGUGUGCCGUCUGCGAGGUCAGCAUAAGACAAGCUCUUCGAGUUUCGCAAAUUAAAUGCUAAGCCAAUUAUUAAAGCACAGUGCAUGCAUGCUACUGCACUUGUCGCAUUGCACAAUGACCUCGAGUCUGGCGCAGCACUGUUGAGCUGAGCGUAUUGUAAAUGCGUGUUCAAAAAGUUCGAAGUGAAUGGCAUUAGUUUCAACAUCUGCUGAGACACAUUUUUUUGAAAGACUCUGCGUUGUUUUUAAGAGGCAAGUAAUAAAAACCACAAUAUCAAACGGACACACAUUUCCAGGAUUAGGGGAGCUUUUUGAUCCCGAGAGAGACUAGUUGUUUGCAGAUUUUUGGGCUGCCUAGACUAGCCAUAAUGGAUCACGGAGGCUAAUUUAUGUGACAGUCACGACACACCACAGCCGGGUCAAAGCAAAGACGUUUUAGUAGCGAAAAGAAGAUGGAGUGAAUAAACCUAAUUUGAUGAGUUUUGCUCUUUUCUUUCCUGCGGUGACAUUCUUUUUCUCAACCGUUGAAAACAAAUAGAACUUUAGUGAUGAGCGUUGUUUAGCCACAACAGUGACAUCAGGGAAAGAUUAAUUUUUUAUCCAUAAGCCAAACCAAGUGUUCCCUUUGCGCCACAGGACUCGUCGGAGCCACGCUGCUAUAUACUGUAGGACAGAAAGCAAAAUAAAUUAGCAGACAA